AUGCAGAGAAGCGACCCUCCCGCGAGCACUUCGGGGAGCCACAACAACAACAACAACAACAACAACAACAACAACAACAACAACAACAAAAACAGUAAGAACAACAGGCAAGCAUAUGCUCAGGUCCCCGCUCCCGCAGCUCGCCCCCCUCCUCCCGCUCCAGGAGGGAGCCUGUUGGUGACCUCUCCGAACAACGUCGGUUCGAAAGCUCAAAGUCCGACCAUGGCAACUACUAAUACACAACCUCAGGUUGCUGCAGCGGCCUCACCCGACAAGGAUAGCCAUAACCUCCCACCUUUUCUGCUACCAACACGGAAACCCAAGAACUUUGCCGACAGACUGAUGCGAGUGCUCCUCAAUGAUGUUGCUCCAGAUACAUUUUGGUGGGUCGGCGAAGGCCACGCGGUUGCGUUCGACGCCAAAAAACUUAAGAAAGGAAAUUUGCUCGAGGCACAUUUCAAGACCAAGGACUACAACGCCUUUAUCCGAAAUUGCAAUCGAUGGGGAUUCAGCCGGACCAGCCAGUACGCUGUGCGAGAAGGAGUCAAAGUAUAUCACUGCAGUCUCUUCCAACGGGAUGCACCACAUCUCAUGCUUCAGAUGAGGAUGGAUUCAGAUGUGCAAGAUGUCUACACGAGGCACACUGCUGAAGAAGGGGACAAUGGAGGAGCAAAGAAAGCAAAGAAACAACGAAUAGCACCUCCUGAAUCCCCUGUGGCCGCGGCACCGACACCGACCGCGGGAACAGCACCACAACAGAGCGGCAACCCUGGCCAACAGCAAGUUGAUCUGCCUAAUUUGCUCCAACAGCUGACAGCGAUGGGGGUCAUUGGAGGUGCCCGCACCCAAGCAGUGAGUUCUUCUGUUCAGACUGGCUACGUCUCAGGGCAAACGUCAAUGAACGCGCCAGCGGCUCCGGGCCCUGUCCAGUCGUCCUCGAAUGGAGAUAAUAUGACACCAGAUGAUAUUUUGAAUCAAAUUCUGCAGUUUUCUGGUCGAUUCCUCAACCACCCCCAGCUACCAGCCUCGUCGGAAAUUGAUCAGCUCCGCACAAUGAUGCAACUGUUGGUGAUACAGGGCAAAAAGUACCUAGAGGAGAAGGAGCGACGAAGGCUUCAGCAGCAACAGCAGCAGGAACAACGAGAACGGCAACAACAGCAACAACAACAGCAGGCGUCUGCUGCUAUGCCUUCGGCGGCAAACAUGGCUUUGCUAGGGUUUCUUCAGAGCGCUAUUCAGCAGCAACAGCAACAACAGCAACCAACCCAGCCUAGUAUCGUCAGUACCGCGACAUCAACAGUUUCGAAUCAAACGCUCGCGUUUCAGCAGAAUCCCACCAGCAAUCCUGGACAACCAAUCGUUGCCAAUGCAGGCUUUAGUCAAGCAACUCAAACGGCCCCGCAAAGCAACAUGGGUGCAGCAGGCAACAGCAUCACUCCAAGUCCUGCGGUGUCUGGGAAUCUCGCCGUGGACGUUAAUAAUCCUUUCUUAAGUCUCCUUCAAGGGCUGGGCGGAGGAGGGCUCCAGCAACCUAUCCAACAAGCUCCACACCAACAACGAAUACCUCCCUUCGUAUCAUCGUCUACACAGUCUGGUGCGACCGCGGCUACUAACAACGGCAGUGCCGCCCACGCAGCUGCACCACAAGGCGCCGCUCAACUGGGGGGGGUGUCGCAGCAGCAACAGGCGGAAACUGUGUUGUCGCAGUGUUUGUCGCUCCUAUUCAAUCAAAAUGGACAACCGGGGGGCUGA